AUGGGUAUAUCACGAGAUAAUUGGCAUAAGCGACGUGCAACUGGUGGUAAGAGGUGUGCGCCGCACAAAAAGAGAAAGUUCGAAUUAGGACGUCCUGCUUCCAACACUAAGAUUGGUCCAAAACGCAUUCAUUUGGUACGUUGCCGUGGUGGUAACAUUAAGCAUCGUGCUCUUCGAUUGGAUGUUGGUAAUUUCUCAUGGGGAUCCGAAGGAAUAACACGUAAAUCACGUAUUGUUGAUACGGUUUAUAAUGCGUCAAACAACGAGUUGGUACGAACGAAAACGUUGGUGAAGAAUUCGAUAAUCACUGUUGAUGCAGUUCCGUUCCGUCAGUGGUAUGAAGCACAUUAUGCGUUGCCAUUAGCCAGAAAGAAGGGUGCUAAGUUGACCGAUGAAGAAGAAGCGCGUAUCAAUCGAAGCUUAUCGAAGAGGACACGAGCCAAAUACACCGAAAGGCAAAAAACCGCUGAAGUUGAGUCGCAUCUCAUUGAACAGUUCCAGGGAGGUCGUCUUCUUGCUUGUAUCAGCUCACGCCCCGGUCAAGUGGGUCGUUGUGACGGAUAUAUAUUGGAAGGUAAAGAGCUCGAAUUCUACCUGCGUAAGAUUCGUGCCAAGAAAGCUAAAUAA